AUAUUUCAGAGUGAAGCCCCGUACCUCCGAGAUAGAUGGUGUCAGUUUGAUGGAGUAAUGGUUUUAUUUCUGUGGACAUCAGUUGUUUUACAGGUAUUUGAAAUAACCAAUAGAAUACCACCCAAUUCUCCAGGAUCAGCAUUACGUAUCUUACGAUCACCUCGACCACUACUUAUUGUCAGAGUCUUUAGAGUCUUCCUCAAAUUUGAACUGCCACGAAACAGAAUCAAUCAGAUCUUCAAGCGAUCAAGUCAACAGAUUUAUAAUGUCACCAUAUUCUUCCUCUUCUUUAUGUCUUUAUAUGGUAUUCUGGGAGUACAGUUUUUUGGUGAAAUGCAACAUCAUUGUGUUAAGAAUGGUACUGAUCUCAAGAAUGUGACUGUUUGGGAUCUAGCUGUACCAGAUACCUACUGUUCUCCAGAUCCUAGUUUUGGUUAUCAAUGUAAGAAUGGCAUGGUUUGUGAAUACCUAGAUUUACCUAAAGAAAUUAUGGGAUUUAAUGGUUUUGAUAUGUUCACUACCAGCAUAUUUACUGUCUAUCAAGCUGCCUCUCAAGAAGGUUGGGUUUUUUUAAUGUACAGAUCAAUAGAUAGUUUACCAGCAUGGAAAUGUUUUCUCUAUUUUAUAUCCUUAAUUUUCUUCCUGGCCUGGCUUGUCAAGAAUGUCUUUAUUGCUGUUAUUAUUGAAACCUUUGCUGAAAUUAGAGUUCAGUUUCAACAGAUGUGGGGAUCAAGAGGUAGUGCUGCUCAAUCAGAUUCUUCACAGGUGAUUCAAUCAGAUGGUGAAUCAUGGAAGUUAGUUAUAAUGGAUGAAAAUAAAACUAAAGGUCUGGCACCAGAUGCUCUGACAGCCCUGGUCAAAUCUAAUCUGUUUCAUACUUUAAUAUUAAUACUAGUAUUAGCUGCUGCUAUAACAGAAGCCAGUCUUCAUUUUGAUCAUAAAACUAAAAAUCCUAAAGACACCCUUGAUAAUUUCUAUUAUUCAGAGGUAAGUAUGGUUUUAUGA